AUGAGCAAGCUAGCUGAUCUCCCUGCACUCAAGUCACUGGAAUUGAGUGCUGGUUCACAAGCCGGUAUGCCGUCCGCGCAAGAUGUUGCAGAAAUCACUCUCUUGAUGAAGAAUAAAGUCGACGUUCGCCGUAACAACGCGGCCACGAUGGACGCGAUGUGCGCGGGAAAAGGCGUGCUGAAUCCGCACGGAGGCUUGACGCCUUCACUUCAGUACGCGGACGCAGUAUCGACGUACAAACUCCUUUUCGAUGAGGAUUGCGGCAUGUCCAUGCCGCAAUUCAGGACCUUUUUUGCCAGAAAGGUUCGUGCAGCCUACAAGGAUCUCGAUGCGGAUACCAUGGACUCGACGUACCACUUGAACGAGCUGCGCAAGGAACUGGAUCCUGCUGACGCGAAAUUGUAUAGUACUGACAAGGUCGUACUGGACAAGAUUGAAAAGACCUUGAUCGCUUUAACGCAUUUCGGACUUCUUAAGGACAAAGAGUCGCAACUCACACAGUCCGUCAAGUUCGAUGAUGCUUCCAUCGUGGGAACUAUAGACGAGAAGAUGGAAGCCACCGAACUUCUAGUCAGGGCCAAACACUUUACUUGA